CGGCCCGCGAAUGAAUACGAGCACGAGCAGUAUGAGUGAGCUGUGAGGAUAGAGGAGCAUCGCGUUGCGCAAACGAUCCGCGCCGUCGGGCGACCAGCAGGCCGCCAGUCUACCUAAGUCCAUCGUUCACGCCGUGCUAUCAUCUUCCUGCGCUAAGCGCUACAUUCAGAGUAGGUAUACUGUACUUGUUGCUUACGGAUGGGCCGCGCGGCGCAGUUCGUCACGGGGCAUAGAUAGAGGUGGGAUAUCGAGAUAGAGAAGGAGGGUGCGAAGAAGUAACGGCCGGUCGUGCGAGAAGAGAAGAGACGAGAAGAGACGAGAAGAGACGAGAAGAGACGAGAAGAGAAGGGAAGGAAGUAGGAAAGAAAGGGAAGACUACACGCACGGCUCUCCACGCCACGCGACACCUCUGUAUCGCACGCGCCGAUCGGUGCGGAUCAACGCAAGCCGGGAGGCUCAUCAUGUCACAUCAUAUCGUUACCGUAUGCGUGGUGUGUGUACUGUGCGCCGCACAUGUACCCUGUUCGGCGCAUACGAAUUUGUCGGUGAUGGCAUCGGAUAAUUCAACAAGUACCAAAAAUCAUUCGGAUCCACAAGGACAACCGUAUAUAUACUUGAAGAAUCAACAGCGAUACGAUCCAAGUAACUUCACUAGCAAUAAGCACGACGCUGUAAGAUCUCAUCCUAUUCAACGCAUUGACAGUAAUAGCAAUAAUAAUGUUUCGGUAACCAUUGACGCGAUAUCGACUGCAUCAUAUGAUACUCGUCUUAAGAAACAGAUGACGGAAAGCUUCAAAGGCGGCGGCAAUCUACAAGAUAUACGAUCGCCAAUUAACAACGCACGUGUGUCUGUAAAUUCGAGAGAUGCGGAACUGUUGGAACGUCUUGCUCAAACAGAAUUGGUGGCAAGUGUCAAACAAAAGUCUGUACAAUCUAGCGAAGAUUUACGUACCGUUAAUAAAUCUAGAUUAAAAAGAGAUGUGAAUGAGAGGUACUUCAUGCAGAAGAUCUUUGAGGCCUACGGAGAUGGAACGAGUAUAACUAUGGAAGGUUUUGAAAAACUUGUCCGGAAAUUGGGUCUACUAAGAUUAUUUGAUACGUUAGAGGUGGAUAGUGGUUCUACCACUGAUAGAAAUAAUAAGAAUUUUCCAAGUAAAGGCCUACACGAUGCAGAUAGUAACAAUAAUAAGGAAAGGUGCUUAAAUAGUCAAGAGUUGCUAAGUAUUGUUGCCCAAGAUACACACUACGUUUCUAGUAAUAACACGACGACAUUGCCUAGCUGGCUUUUCGAACGCGUGUGUCCGGUCCUUAUGUAUCAAUUAGCGGCCGAAUCCAGUUCGGAGAGAAACGGCUGUAUACGAGUACCCGAGAACUACAAGCAUGUCAUGCCAAUUGAUAAAUUUUAUACAACGGAGGAUUCGGCGCGUAAUACUGUAAAAGUCUGGGUAUAUUCAACAGUUAGUAUUUUCGUAAUUAGUCUUAGCGGACUGCUCGGCGUAGCAGUAAUUCCGAUCAUGGGAAAGAAUUAUUACCAUCACGUGUUACAAUUUCUAGUUGCCCUGGCCGUAGGUACUUUAACCGGUGAUGCCUUUAUCCAUCUAUUACCACACGCGAUGAUGCCGCUUCAUCACCAUGAAAAUGAUAAACAUCACGAACACGAACAUCAUCAUGAUGACAGUAACGCGUUAUUAAUCGAUCAUGUGAAUCUACAUAGUAUGAAUAUGUGGAAAGGAUUAGUCGCUAUGAUGGGUUUCGUGAUAUUCUUUUUCACUGAGAAGGCGUUAAAUGUGAUAUCCGAAUGGCGAAAGCAUUGGCAGCAUAAGAAAAAGUUACCUACGCGCGUGAGAGUAAUGAGGGAGAGUGAUGGGCCAAACAGCAAUGUUGUCGGUGAAAAGCUGUGUAAACACAAAUACUCUUCGUACCCGUAUUGUUACGGCGAGAUUGCUAGUGAAACUCAAGAUAAUCAUCACAAUCGUCGAAUAAAUCAUGAAAGACCACCUAUCAUCGACGAGGAGAAACCAUUGACAUCCAAUUGUAACUCUGUCACGAAAAUCGUGACCGAUGACAUAGAGAAAAAACCAAAAGAUGAUUGGAGAAUGGAUGAUCCGAUUGUAAAUGCUAAGAAAAAUGCCGAUGGUGUUGACGUAUCAUUAAAUGAAUCGGAGAGCUAUACCGUCAUUCUACGUGAACACGAGACCAAACAUCAUGGCCAUAGUCAUUCCCAUGGCCACGUACACUCGGCUCCCGAAUCAAUGUCCAAUGUGGCUUGGAUGGUUGUAAUGGGGGAUGGUCUGCACAAUUUUACGGAUGGCAUGGCUAUCGGGGCAGCUUUUUCAGCAAACAUCGCAGGUGGAUUCUCCACGGCUAUUGCUGUUCUCUGUCAUGAAUUACCUCAUGAACUCGGUGACUUUGCAGUGCUUCUGAAAGCGGGCAUGAGUACCAAACAGGCUGUUUUUUACAAUUUAUUGUCUUCAGUGCUUUGUCUGUUAGGUAUGAUAGGCGGAAUAUUGUUAGGAAGCACUUCCGACGCUACCAGCUGGAUAUUUGCGGUUGCCGCUGGAAUAUUUAUAUAUAUAGCAUUAGUAGAUAUGAUACCAGAAUUGUCGUCGAGUCAUUCCGCGGAAAGUGGUUCGCGAUUACAAUGCAUUUGGCAAACUUUAGGCUUAUCGACAGGCCUUGGAAUUAUGUUACUUAUCGCCGCCUACGAGCACGAUCUUAAACAUAUUUUCGACAACUAGAUUAAGUAAUUGCUCUCGUAUUAAUGUUAUAAAUGAAAUCUCUUCCUAUUACGUUCAAACUAUAGUAUCUCUUUGUGAUUUAAUCUCAUUAGCAAUCCUUCAGCAUGUAACGUUACAAUGAAAGUAAGUUCUCUCUUUCUUUCUCCCUUCCACUUUGAAAUUAUUUCUUGUAUUUCGAAAAAAAGAACGUAAUGGGAAGGCUACACAAAUUAGAUCGCGGUUUAGAUAAAACGACAAUAUCCGAACUCGGAUUGCCGAUAAAAGUACUUUAGAAAAACGAAAGUGUUGAAUUCUGAAGGAAUAGGAUUUCUAUUAGACAGAGUACCAGUAAUCGAAUCAUGUCAAGCAAUCGAAUUACAAACCGUGUUAAUUAUUUCCGAACCAACUUAUACUAAAGAUAUUCCCAUGCCUUUUCCGAGCUUGGAGAUUCAGCUUGGAGAUACUCUUAUCGGAUGAGCAAAAUUAAUUUUUCCAUCAUAAUAAGAUAAAUUUUUAAUUGUCUAGUAGCUAUGUAAAUAGUUAUCAAGAGACUGAACGAUUUUGAAACAAGUAACAAAUUUUUUUCUUUUGCGAAGUUAAUUACAUGUCAACAACAUUAAAUGUAUUGAGAGGGAGAGUCAUGUAUAGUAUUGUUUUACGAAAAAAAAACAUUAACUUUGUACAAGCUCUGUGUAGAUUGCACAUGGAACGUUUAGUACGAUAUUUUCGAUUAUUAUUAUUAUCUAGGUGGAAGAACGGUACAAAAGAGUAUAUUUAAAGAGUAUAUUGUUAGUUUGCAGCAAAUUUGUGAUAAUUUUGCAUAACCGAGUUACUUACGAAUCAAUGUAUAUUUCAUUAUAGAUACACAACUACAUUAUUACGAGACUUUGAAUAUUAUCAUGUUCUUACAAUUUAAAUAGAUUUAUCACUAGAUUUUUAGAGAUAAGAAUGUUCAGAAUCAGUUAUUUUUUUAACUGCUUGUUAUGUAUUUUUUUUUACAAGAGUGAAAAAAGUGCUGCACGGUCUCAAAAAAGAUUUAUCUCACAAAUCAACACGGCUUAGGAGAAGUAUCAUACAUGACAAUAUUUGAAACUUGUAUUUAUGUUUAUAAUACACGAGUGUUUAUUUUCGCCAAAUAUUAAUGAUAACAAUAAUAUUAAUAAUUGUAACGAUAAUGAUAGUAAUAAUUUUAG